AUGUCCAACGACUUCUUGCAAUCGUCUCCUUCACGUCAUAUGAUUGACCCGGCGAUUUAUAACACAUUCCCUGACAUACAAGAGGACCGGAACUCUUCUAACUCUAACAAUGGAAGCACACUGCACCAUCAGCAGCAACAUCAAUCACAACAAUUACCAGUUGGUCCACCAUCUGCUCAGAAAAACCACAAUCAAUUGCCCUCAAAUUUAACAGGAUGGACACCAUUGAUUUCGAAAACAAUCUUUAAUGAUCAGUUAAUUUCGUAUAACUCCACCCCAAGUGGAAAAUUCUUUAAUGGGGUGUUAUCUGGUCAUGUAAACAAUGAAAUCGACUAUGCGCAAGGACUAAAUUUAACGCCAUUUUUGACUCAUAAUUUGAAUAUUCCAAACUCCAAUUCACAUAUUAAUGGAAUAAGUAAUAUCACCCCAUUCCAUGACAAAACAUUACAUUUAACUGACUUUUUUAUGGAUUCCCCAAUUAAACAAACUCCAAUCAAGAAUAUUGACACGAUUACUCCGUCGAAAUUCAAAAUUGGAAGCGAAAGAAAAUAUGUAAAACAAUCUGUUUUCCAGGACCCAAAGAGUGCACUGAAGCGAUCCAUUACUCAGAUUGACACUCCUCCAAGACAACCUCACAAAUUAUCAAUUUUAAACAAGCACGAAGCAAGAUAUGAAAAAACUAAUACCAUUGAUGGUAAAGUUAAGGCUAAAGAUGAAGAAGAAGACGAAGAAAAUGAAGAUGAGGAGAAUGAGAAAAAAGGUAGUGACAUAUCUGUUCAAAAUAAAAAUAAAUUAUAUGGUCUGAAUUUGCAAACACCAUCAAAGACGGUUCUAAAAGACAUUUCUAAUAUUAAUCAAAACCAAGGUAAAUCAACACCAAUGCCUAGGAAUUUAAAGAAAAGCAAAGAAUUUUUUGAGACACCCUCUAAGCAAUUUCCCGACUCUUCGCCAUCUACAGUUAUCAUGUCUAGUGCGGCAAAAUCAUCACCAUCAAAGCCCGUGAAAACUAGUGAUAUGGACAGCGGUAAACAUGUCACUGUUAAAUAUUCAACAACUCAAAACUUACCUCCAAGCCCUACCCCUAAGAAAGAUAUUCCAAAAAUUACUGAUAAUGCUGAUGUAUUAAAGCCUGCCAUGGGUGUAUUUUCUGAGAAGAAGUCAAAACCACCGCUUAAAAGUAAACAAGCAGUUUUCAAAAAUUUGUCUGGUGAUUCGACGGGUACAUCGACAAUAAACACUAAGACAAAGAAUAGCAGCAAGGCUCAAAUGCAAGCUGGUAUGAAUAAAUUUCAAAUUGUUUUUACUGAUGUGCAUACCUUGAUGAACAAAAAGAAUAAGCUGAAGAAAUCGAAUAACGUAGCCUCAAAACCUAAAUUAAAAAGAUCACAAUCAACUAACAGAUCCAAUGACGAACAACCUCAUACUAUUGAUAAUGGAAAUUCAAGGAGCUUAACCAGAUCAUCGACAGCACCAGUCACUAAUCACCAAUCUUAUCAAACAGCGCAUAAAAUGGUUUCUUCAAAUGAUCACAACGUGUCUAUGAAUACAAGCUCAAAAGAGGUAAGUCUCAUAUCAGGGAAUAGUAAUUCAAUGAACACCAGUAAUUUGAAUAUGUCAUCAACAGACCAUUCUUCUUUUGAACUAGGUGGGUUGUCUUCAACUCCGAAUGGAAAAUAUUUUUUGGAUAAAAUGUUUGAUAAACCUUCUCCCCAAUCGCAACAGAAUUUGAACACCAACCAGUACUAUUCUUUACAUCAAUCUUCAUUUUCGAAUAUGCCACCUCCAAAUCCAAAUACCUCAAGACCUCCUCCAACAGUAGCACAACACAAUUUACUGCAUGCUCAACAACAGCAGCAACAUCCAAUGAUGAUGAUGAUGAUGAUGAUGAGUACACCACAACAUCAGAAUGUUGUCAAUUAUGGACCGAAUGUUUACAAUUCUGCUAAUGAAAUAUCUCCUACAUCAGAUAACCAAUUUACACCCAAUCCUAACGUUUCAAGCUUCUCAUAUCAACAAUACACUAAGAGCGGAAAGCCAUCGCAUAAUACUAUGGGACCUAUGAUGGUAAACCUGAAAGAAUCAUCACAAUUUUCUCAAUUGAUCCCGGUAUCGACAAGUGAUGAGGACGAGGACGUGUUACUAAAGAGAGAAGAGGACAGUGUAUGA